AUGGCACUCACAUACUGUUUACCUAUUCUGAAGAAAUCACCUGGAGGUGCAACAGAACACUGCACUUUGACAUUCCCCAAACCACCCCAGCCAGGUAGAAAAGAGAGAUCAAGACCUUCAAAAUUACAAAUCACAGCUCCUCUUGAAAAAAGAAAAUUAGAGGAAGUUUGGAAGCCAGCUUAUGUAUGGAUAAGGCAUUCUUUAAGAAAAAUUUUCCAAAGGCCAUCUAUUUACUUAGCUGUUACAAGACAGGCUCAAUUCAGACAAUCUUAUACUCCCAAGAUCCAUCCUAAAAAAGCAGAAUCUAAAAUGUCCAAAGAUGACAGAAAAGGAGCAGCUUUAAUGGAAGAUUCCAAGAAACUGGAGCUACAAAAAUCAGGCCCACAUGCAACAAAUCUAGAAUCCAAGAAAACAGUAAUAGAUGAGAAACCUAAAAGAAUAAAUAAAGCAGAUAAAAGUCCAUCAAAAUUAUUCCAUGAAAGUGAACUAUCUGAAGAGUUAAAGUCCAAAUCAGAAACAAAUCCAGAAUUCAAAGGUUCUAAGGUAGUCUCAAAAAAUGAUUCACAAAACGAUAGGGAAGACUCAAAGAAUUCCAAGGAGACAGAUUUUGGACUCACAUGUACAAAGCGUGAUCCCAAGAAAGAGUCUAUGAAGAACUCAAAGAAUAAUUCUAAUGCCAAAUCAGAGACUUGCUCCAAAAAUAGCUCAAAUGUGGAUUUAAUGAUGUAUUUAGAGGAGUCUGAUGCUGAAUCCACAGAUACAUGGCUAAAGAAUUACUCAAAGAAUAAUUCAAAGAAGGUUGCAAAGAAUGACAAAAAGAAAGAUGCAAAGAGCUCUGAUGUUGAAUCUGCAGACGCAAAAGAUGCAAAGAAAGAGGCAAAGAAGGAUAAGAAGCCUUCAAAGAAAGAUGACAAUAAAAAAGAUGCAAAGAAGGACGCAGGGUCUACUGAUACUGAAUCUGAAGACUCAAAAGAUGCAAAGAAAGACACAAAGAAGGAUAAGAAACCUUCAAAGAAAGAUGACAAGAAAAAGGAUGCAGUCCCUACUGAUUCUGAAUCUGAAUUAGAGUCAAAGAAGGGUAAGAAAGAUGAAAAAAAGGAUAAAAAAGAUUCAAAGAAAGAUGACAAAAAGAAGGCUGUCAAGAAGGAUGCAGUGUCUACUGAUGCUGAUUCUGAAUCUGAAGGGGAUGCAAAAAGGGGUAAAAAAGUUGAAAAGAAAGGUUCAAAGAAAGUUGACAAACAGAAGGAUGCAAAGAAGAAUGUAGAUUCUUCUGAAACUGAAUCUGAUUUGGAGUUAAAGAAAGGUCAGAAAGAUUCAAAGAAGGAAAAGAAAGGCUCAAAGAAAGAUGCCAAGAAGGACACAGAGACUACCGAUACUGAAUCCGACGCAUCUUUCGCAACAGGCCCAAAAAAGUCCACAAAGGCCGAAGAUUCAGAUGCUGAAUCUGUAGAGUCACUACAGAAACCUGGAGCUAAAAAGGGAGUUGAAUCAGAUAGUAAAUCUACAGAUUUAAAGAAGGAAGGAAUGGAACUAAGAGACUUCAAAAUGUCAUCCAAAAAGACUACAUUUACAGAAGAAGGAAGAAAACUAAGUACAGGUAGAGUUCCCCCAUCAAGAGAAAGACCACCACUCCCUCCUUGCGAGCCUUUACUACCAUCACCUAAGGUCAAACGUCUCUGUCAGUGCAGGAUGCCUCCUCCACCUCCAAAACCAAGAUAUGCUCCUUUGCCUGAAGCAAAGUGGAUUCAUAAGCUCCUCUGA